AUGACACCUAGAAACCAUUUCUUGGUGUUAGUUGUGAGCAUCUUCUGGGUGGAAGGUACAUCGGGUGCCGCGUUUUCAAAAGUGAUAGUGCAAAGAGAUGGAGUCAUUCCUCUGGAGUAUUUUACCUAUGAUCCAUCGUCCUUCUCAUAUGGAACCCCUCAAGCGGCUCAGUUAUCCACUCCGCCUUUGGAAUCAGUAGUACAAGCACCCUCAGUAUCAGCGAUUGUUACUCCUUGUUUGGCACCUUGCAUCAUUCCUAAUAACGGCCAGGGAUUGACACCAAUAUCAUCGCCUACAAUUCCUUCAAAUGCUAAAAUUAUUACCUACAGUCCUUCAGUUCCGAAUGUUCCUGUUGUAGUGACAAAUAAAGAGGCCGCAAGAGGUUACCAAUACGCUUAUGCUGUUUAUGAUGACCAAACUAGAGACAAAAAAUCCCAAAGCGAACAAAGUGAUGGGUCAGUAGUAAAUGGACAAUAUUCCUUCAUUCAACCGGAUGGCUUCCGUCGCGAAGUUGUUUACACCGCGGAUGAUUUGAAAGGGUUUAAUGCAGUGGUAAGAAAUAUUUCACCCGAACCAGAACAACCAAAAGAAAGAAAAGUAGACGUAAUCAAACCCCAACAGGCGCCUUGUCCAGAUCCUCAAAAUGCACAACUAAGUCAAACCCAUGAACAAAACCUAGAAAGAACAAUUUCAGAAUUUGAACAUCUUCAAGAACCAAAGAGUGUACAAGGGAAUGAUGAAAUUAGCGUUGAAAAUAUUGAAGAAAAAGUAGUCAAAAACCCUGAAGAAAAGGCAAAAAAGGCGAAGCCACGUGAAGACGAGCCUAUAGAAAAUCAUAAUACGGCUUUUAUUGCAAUGAUUCAUGAAAUUACGAUAACAUAA